GUGGGCAUGUGACACUAAAAUAUUGUAUGCUAUAGAUCAACACAUCAUCAAUUGUAACUUUGAUAAACUUGAGUAUAGCACUAAAAAGUUGUAUUAGAGCUUUGUUUGGAAAGGAUAAAACAAGUGGCUUCGACUGGCUACUGCGGCAGUGACCUCGCUCGCAUAAGCAACCGUGAUCACGUGCCACUGCCACAUUCCAUUCUUGCGAUCGCCGAGGUAGGUGACGGACGCAUGUUAGUACCUACGCCGUUGUCUGAAAGACUGAGGACUUCGAAAAUUGACCCAGAAAAGCUUGCGGUGUCACCACGAAAAGAAAAAAAAAAGAACAUUUCCUUUGAACGCCUUGGAGACCCCUGCUCUUCUGAACUAGACGCGGUCUCUUUCCUGUUCGCGGGCUGUAUAAAGGCAACGCCAGCAUUAAACAGAUCGCGUAUUCAUAAAUAUACCAUAAAUUAUAAAAGUAUGUGGACUAUGUUUCAGAACGCCAGCUGAUAGACGAGUAUUCGCGUAUCCUGAAAGCGAAAUCUGCGAUGGCUCCUAUUGAUCCGCUGCAGCUGCUAAAGGCACUGUCUCCUCUGCUGUCGCCGCAAGGUGGCAUCCGCAGUUCCGAUGAAGUGUCCAGGUUGUCUAGCCUUAUGAAAAAAUUCUCACGUAAGCUGGUGAGCCGAUGCAUCUACUGCAAUGUGCUAUGUGCGACUUCGCCAGACAUCUUAGAGGUGUUUCUUGAGCUGGAUGGUUGGUCUACAAUCAACAUGUGGCUGCAGGAAGCUAAGACGGCUGAGAACAUGCCAUUUCUAUGUGAGCUGCUGAAGCUGUGUGAGAUUCUUCCCAUGUCACUGGAACGACUCAAAGAAAACAGUAGUCCCAAGCUUAUCAAGAGUCUGAUGAAAAGCAGUGAUGAAAAUGUGCGUUUAGCAGCUGAGAAGGUUGUUAGUGGCUGGAUGAAGCUGAUUAAGGGUGAUUCCAAGGAGGCUGUCAGGCCUGCGCGUGAUGCUGAUGCCGCAAUCAAGAAAAAGAAGAAGUCAUCAUCAGCAUCAUCAGAUACUUCAAAGGCUGACCCUGUGAAAAAGGAACGUUCAAAGGGUUCCAUAGAUGAAUCUAGCAGUGAAAGUAGCAAUACUUCUAGUGGCAAACAUGGUCCUUCUAAAAGUUCUUCAUCUGCCGGAUCUUCUGAAAAGGAGACCACUUCAGCAAUGAAGGAAGUGCCAGCAAAGAAGCCAAAAGUUACUGAUCGUCCGAAGACAGUGAAGACUUUUCAAGCACGAUUCCGAUCCACAGGCCUAGAAGAGGCACCACUGCCACCACCUACAAAAGCUGGCACCAAGAAAGUUAGUAGGCCAGCUGUUGACAAAAAUGCUGUUUUGUCGGCGCGACAGAGGCUGGCUCCAACGGUACAUGCUGAGCGAAGGGUGAAGCCCUCAAGCCUGGUGUCCAUGGGGGGUGAUGGACGUGAAACGGUGGGCCCUGGAAUUCGGCUCAUUCCACCAAAGCCUGUUCAUGUGCUGCACGAAGAUGGCGGGUUUAUGGACGCUUUGACUGCAGCUCCUGCUCCAUCACCUAUAGCAGCAGUUCGACGCAAGCGUAGGCCAUCCGGUGCUGGCACAGCUGCAGGCCCUGGAGGGGCCAAGAAUGCUGCUUCCACUUCUCCCACUAGCCCCACACCUGCUACACCAAAAUUUCAGUUCUACAAGGACACACUGGAGACGCCAGAAGCACCAAGGGAAGUGGACAGUGACAAAACAAAGGAAGCUGCAAAGAUUGAAGAGGAGGAUGAAGAUGAUGACAUUGGAAAGAGAGUGAAGCGGAGGAAAAGGGGACAGGCUACAGCUGUUGUUGAAGAGAAAUCUAACAAAGAAGGUACUGAAUCUCCUGAAGGCGAGGAUUCGCCACCAACCCCGACAGCUACAGCUGAAAAAGAAGAAGGAACUACAGAAGAAGGCCACGAAGUCAGCAAGGCUUCAGAGGGAGACUGCAAAGAAGAAACAGCCGACAAAGAAAAUGAAAGUGAAGAGAAAAGCAGUGAGGUUGAUGCUUCAUCAUCAUCAUCAUCAUCAUUAGACCGACCAAUUUCAAUACUUUCAAUGACAAGAAAAAAGAUCAAGAAGUCUGUGCGCUGGGUUGAGGAUAGCAAGCUGAGGCAAUUCCGCUACUUCGAGUUGGAUGAGACUGAGAGAGUGAAUGUUAACAACCUACACAACUUUGGUGACAUGAAGACCCUGGAAAUGAAGCGUGAGAGGCAAGCGGUUGAGACAGCCCGUAGGUUGAUGGGUGACCGUAUGGAGGAGGCCAUCCCAUUUCGACCACCUCGGCGGCUGACGCUGCCAGAACCUCUUGCUGAGCCAGGUGCCAAUAGCCUGGAAAAGGAAAUUCAAAAGCUUAGGCAGCAAAAGACAUUGCAGGAGAUCUACUUCUCUAAAGAAAUGAUUCCAGACUCUGCAUAUGAACCUGACCCUGAACAGCUGUCUUCAAAGGAGCCUAAAAUCAUCCCAUUGGAAGAUGAAAACGGCCCGGGAGGUACAUUGGACUACUCACACAUGGAGCUUCCCAAAAGCAACAGCCUACUGCCACCUAUCCUGUCAAAUCUGGUGCUAUCCAUAGCAUCAAAAGGGCAACCAACACAAGGAAAUGCUUCUUUGCAGCAGUGUGGGCAGCAACAGCAGCUUCAGGGUGGCCUCUUACCAGGCCAAUUCCAGGGCAGUGGUCCUAUGCCGCAACAGCAAGGAGCAUUCUUCCAAAAUAUGGCUGGCCCGCAUCCUGGAAGUGGCCCAAUCACUGCCGACGUCCAGCAGCAGCAGACAUUGACCAUGAUUGCUCUAAUUGGCCCAGAUGGAGGGCAACCUGGGAUGCACCUUGGGAGCAUGAGCAUGGGAGGAGAUCCUAACGGGCCACCUUUCAUGCAUGGAAACUCCAUGCAAAACCAAGGCAUUGGCAUGAUGGGUCCCCCAAUGGGCAUUGGUGGAGCUGGUGGUUUUCCCAUGGGAGCUGGUGGUCCAAUGCCUAAUGCUGGGGACUGGGGCAUGAUGCACCCUGGCAUGCCUCAGGAUGGGGCAGAAUACUACAGCCGGGGACACCAUCCAGGCAUGGGUGGUCCACACAUGGGCAUGGGAGGACCACCAAUGGGAGCCGGUUGCGUAGGAGGCAUGAUGGACAUGCCUCGUGGAGGACCACCUCAUGGAAGAAACACUCGUAUAAGAAACCAUCCACCCCGUGUACCGUGCAAGUACUACAUGACCUCUCAGUGCCGGUUUGGUGCCAGCUGUUCAUUUUUGCAUCCUGGUGUGAAUGGACCUCCACUGCAGUGAUUGAGAAACUUGUUCACUGAAUUGUGUCUGUGUAAAAUUUACUGCAAAUCGAAACCUGCAUGAUGUGUAAUGUGUAUACAAAGAAUUUGUAUUGAAAAGAAAUCGUGACGUAUAUUUAUUUUCGAUUCCAUUGUUGUCGUAGAAUGGCGCAUCCAUUGAUUGUAAAUAAAGUUGGGAAAACUUUAAAUCACCAUGUUGUAAAUAAUAGUCUAUAUUUUGCCAUUGAUUAUAUAUACUCAGGUGUAAAUAUGUACAUAUGUAAAUAAUAUGACUUUUUCUAGGUGAAUUAAAGGAAGUUGUUAAUUUUACA